AUGGCAUCAAUGAGCGAUUUGGAUCGUCAAAUUGCAUUACUUAGGGAAUGUAAAUUAAUAUCGGAAAGCGAAGUUAAAGCGCUUUGUGCAAAAGCGCGUGAAAUUUUGAUUGAAGAGAGUAAUGUGCAAUACGUUGAUUCGCCCGUCACAGUGUGUGGGGAUAUCCACGGUCAAUUUUUUGAUUUAAUUGAACUUUUUAAAGUUGGCGGCGAAGUUCCAGAUACAAAUUACCUGUUCUUGGGGGAUUUUGUUGACCGUGGAUAUUAUAGUGUGGAAACGUUUUUGCUCUUACUCGCAUUGAAGGUUAGGUAUCCAGAUCGUAUUACUCUCAUCAGAGGCAACCACGAGAGCCGUCAGAUAACCACUGCAUAUGGAUUUUACGAGGAAUGCUUACGAAAAUAUGGCUCGCCCCUCGUUUGGCGUCAGUGCACGGAGAUAUUUGAUUAUCUUUGUUUAUCAGCAAUUAUUGAUGAUCGGAUAUUUUGCGUACACGGAGGUCUUUCACCACAUAUUGAACGACUUGAUCAAAUUCGAGCCAUCGAUCGCAAGCAGGAGGUGCCACACGAGGGCCCCAUGUGCGAUCUUCUUUGGUCUGACCCCGAGGACUCUGCUGGAUGGAAUGUAAGCCCUCGAGGAGCUGGGUUUCUCUUCGGAGCUGAUACUGUUCAGCAGUUCAACCAUGUAAAUAAACUCGAUCUGAUUUGUCGUGCUCAUCAACUUGUGAUGGAAGGACGGCGUUAUCACUUCAACGAAACUGUGCUUACAGUAUGGUCGGCGCCAAACUACUGUUAUCGUUGUGGUAACGUAGCUGCUAUUCUCCGUCUUGAUGAGUACCUGAACAGGGACUUCGCUAUUUUCGAAGCUGCCCCUCAGAAUAAUCGCAAUUUUCCCGCGCGAAAACCCGUUCCGGAUUACUUUUUGUAA